CUCUAAACUGCGAUAUUGAAACCUUAUUUAUUUAUAUUAUUUAUGUGCUUCUUUCUUCCCAGAGUCCGGGGCUGCCGUUUGUGAUUUCUUCUUGAAGGCGGCGUGUGGGAAAGGAGGGAUGUGUCCUUUUCGGCACAUCAGUGGUGAAAAAACAGUGGUUUGUAAACACUGGUUACGAGGCCUGUGCAAAAAAGGGGACCAGUGUGAAUUCUUGCACGAGUAUGACAUGACCAAGAUGCCAGAAUGUUACUUCUAUUCAAAAUACGGGGAAUGCAGCAACAAGGAGUGUCCAUUCCUGCACAUCGACCCAGAAUCUAAAAUCAAAGACUGCCCUUGGUAUGACCGAGGUUUCUGUAAACACGGUCCUCUCUGCAGACACAGACACACACGGCGUGUUAUUUGUGUGAAUUACCUGGUAGGCUUCUGUCCAGAGGGCCCUGCGUGCAAAUUCAUGCAUCCUCGGUUUGAACUUCCCAUGGGAACGACAGAGCAGCCGCCCCUGCCGCCCCCAACGCAGCCACAACAAAAGCAGAACAACAACGCACCAUUGCAGAGGUCCUCCUCUCUCAUCCAGCUGACCAGCCAGAAAUCUUCCCCCAACCAACAGAGGACCCCACAGGUCAUUGGGGUCAUGCAGUCCCAAAACAACAGCAUAGGGAACAGAGGCCCACGCCCCCUGGAGCAAGUCACCUGUUAUAAGUGUGGUGAAAAAGGACAUUAUGCCAACAGAUGUACCAAAGGACAUUUGGCUUUCCUUAGUGGGCAAUGAACCAACGGACUUUACAGCAUUUUCAUAUACGUCUUUAUGAGCCGAAUUAUUAUCUCUAGUAUCAUCUUAAAAGACUGAACCACCUUUUUUUUAUACCUGCACCAAAGGACUGGCCAGUGAAAGGAUUACUUGAUCUGCAAAUACUUUUUUUGUUUUGGUAUUUUCUUGUUUUAAUUUUUACGGCUACAAUGUAGUGCCUCUCCGUGUUCACAGCCUGAAGAAGCAAAUGUAAUACACAAGCCUUCUAAAAGCAAAACAAUUGGGACAGGGGUUUUUGGUUCAAAAGGGUGGAGCUUCUUCAAAAAUGUUUAGCCUGUUUUUUCAACAGUUCUUGGCAGAAGAUGAUAAAUAUGUGUCUGUGUGAGCAACUGCCCAGCUCUGCUUUGUUCUGAAUCUUUGUGUUCCUUGUCUAGGCUGGGCUGAAGGCUAAUUCAAGAUGGAAUUUUGUUUGUCAGGAGAAGUGGGUCCAGUUUGUAUUUGUCUAUAUCUAUAGUUUGUACUUUAAGGGGAAAAAAACAAGUUUUUUUAAAAAAAUCAUCAUAAUUAGUGGCUGAACAAAUGCAGUCAGAAAACUCCAAAUUAUGAAAAGCAGUGUUAGGCUUAUGGGAAAAUCAAAUCUUUCAUUCUGAAGAAAGUGAUCCCAACUAUGUGCCACCACAAUGCAGUUUUGCAGAG